GUUUCUAGUAUAUAGCUGACUUUGCUAGCUUCCUCAAUGUCUGAAACGGGGAAGGUGAAGAGCUCUCUGGAUUCAGCCACUUGAGUGUUCGACUACAAUCUCCAUUGUGAUCUGUUUGCAUUUCCAGGAAAUAAAUAAAAAGAAUAACGAAAGGCCCUACUCUAGCAGAAGUCCAAAUUAUACAUAAUUGGUUGAAUCACUGACUUUGUGAAAAUCACAAACCAAUGAAAAGCUUCAGGCUUCUGGGAGCAGAUAGACAACAUGAGCUAGUUGAAUGCUGAUCGUGUUAUGAUUUUUCUUGGAGAAUGAUUGCCGAUUGCAGACACUGAUCCGAACUGAAUGAAGACCUGUGCGUAAAAGGGUGCCGAGUCGAUUGAAUUGGGUCAGAAUUAUCUGAAUCUACUGAACAACCAAAUGCCUGAAUUUGCCAUCUAAACCCAACCUUUUGGAACUUAAAACUGAUUUCUCAAAGAGAAAAUUGCUGCUGGUAAUCGAAGAAAAGUAACCUGUUGGUCCCGGUGUUUGGAUUAUGGCUGAUACUAUAGUUACAUCUGACAAAUCUUCUUCUUCCUCGCUGAACCCUGCUGGAAUAAUAUGCCACGUAUGUCAGAAGCAAUUUUCCCAGUACACAUGUCCACGGUGCAAUUCGCGAUACUGUUCCCUCCAAUGUUACAAAUCUCAUAGUCUUCGCUGUAUUGAAUCCUUUAUGCAAGAAAAUGUAGUUCAGGAGCUUCAGCAAAUGCAGCCUGAUGAACAAACCAAACAUAAAAUGUUGGACAUACUGAAAAGAUUUCAUUCAGAAGAGGAAAUGGAUAGCAUGGAUGAGGAUUCUUCUGCAGAUUCAACUUUAUCCGAGGAGAUAAUGGAAAAAGUUUUGUCUGGAGAAGAAAUCAGUUUUGAUGAUUUAUCUCUUGAAGAAAAGAAACAAUUUCAUAGAGCUAUUGCUUGUGGGGAACUGAGCAAGAUGAUCAAACCAUGGGAUCCAUGGUGGUCGAAGCCUUCUGCCAGAAAUAUCCGUCUUAGUAAGGAAGGAACUCAACUUGUUCAACCUCUUUCAGAGCAGGAACUGCUAGAUGAGGAUAUUGGAAGUAAUGAAUCCAGCAACAUUCCUCUUGGCCCUGAAACCGCGCUUCCUCCUCUAAGCAGGCUUAGUUCCAAGGAGCCAUCACCCCUUCUAAUUGUUCAUCUAGUUGAUAUUUUAUGCAGCUACUGCUUCACUCUUCGCCUCUACAAUGGAGAUUGGAGGUCAGAUUCCCUAGGGUCAGUAAUGGUUGUGUUGAGUGUGUCCUCAGUGUUGGGUCAAGGUGGGCAACCAGAGACUGUAUUGGAAGCCCUCUCUCAUUGCUUGGAACAGAUAUGCUCUCCAGCUUACAGACACAUGGGGGGGCUGCAAUUUGGUUUGGGUGUUAUUGAUGAUGUGAUCAGCUUGCUUGCAUUGGGAACUCCUGCUUUGGUGUGUGUCCUUUGUGAUAUGCGUCGGUUGAUUCAAGAAGGAGAAAAAGAGGCCAAAUCAGAAAAGCCAAGAAAGUCGAGGAGGGAUGAGAUUAGAAGUACUAUUAAGCUGGCAGAAAGGAAGAUAUAUUUCAUCAUGUGUUGGGUUCAUGAGCAGCCAGAGGAAGCUUGGUCUUCAUUGGCAGCCAUUGUAAGAGCAGAAAAGAUAUCAGCCAUGGAAUUUCAAAGGAGUAAUAAGGCUGAAAAGUUGAACAAUAGAGCAGAAACCAAAGGCAAAUGUUUAAUUGAGGAGAUUUAAUGAUUUACGUGAACUACUUUCCGCUUACCUGUUAACCCUAUUUAUUUAUCUUAAGAGGGUAUAUUGACACUUAAGAUUGUUAUUCUCAAAGUAGUUGUAAAUAUACUUAUAUGGAGAAAUCUUAUUUUCGGCAUGUUCUAUAUGGGUAGCGGAGUAAAGAAAAAGAUUUUUAACUCUUGAGGGGUCUUGGAAUUCUUGUAGUGCCCUCGGCAAAUUUCUUCAUAAUGUAUUUG